AACGAUGACGGCCUUAUUAUUUUGGUUGACGUUGCAUUUGCAGAGCACAGGGAAAGCAAAAUAUCUGAUCUUUCUCCCUCCCUUGCACUGAGUAGGCAAUGGCGGAGGAAGCACAGUACUCAUCGGGACCCGAUUCCGCGCCCCUCAAGCGCAAGUACGAAGACCAACCCUCCGGCAUCGAGCUUGCCAAGCAGCGUGCUCAGGAAGUCGCCGCACGCCUCCUCAACGCCGCUCCUCCUCCGCCACUCGACGCCAAGCGUCCCAAACCCGACACCGGCUUCGAUUCUCUCGAUUUGAAGCCUCUGUAUUCCGCAUCUCCUCCUCCCGUCUCCUACGGUCACCAAGGUUCCAGCAAGAAGAUUGAUAUCCCUAAUGGCAGGGUUGGUGUGAUUAUUGGUAAAGGCGGAGAGACUAUUAAGUAUCUCCAGUUGCAGUCUGGUGCCAAAAUUCAAAUUACUCGUGAUAUUGAUGCGGACCCUAAUUCUUCCACUAGGACGGUUGAGCUUAUGGGCACUCCUGAAGCAAUUUCCUCUGCCGAGAAACUCAUCAAUGAAGUUCUUGCUGAGGCUGAAUCUGGGGGUUCUGGCAUUGUUACUCGAAGAUUCACGGGACAAGCUGGGUCGGAUGAAUUUGUCAUGAAAAUCCCAAAUAAUAAGGUUGGCCUUAUAAUUGGCAAAGGUGGAGAAACUAUAAAGAAUAUGCAAGCUUCUACUGGAGCACGGAUUCAGGUGAUACCUCUGCAUCUUCCCCCGGGUGACACAUCAACUGAAAGAACAUUAAAAAUUGAUGGUACUCCUGAGCAAAUUGAGUCUGCAAAGCAGUUGGUUUAUCAAGUCAUCAGUGGCGAGAAUCGUGUUAGAAAUCCAGCAAUGUCUGGUGGUUAUCCUCAACAAGGUUACCAAUCUCGACCACCAUCUAACUGGGCUCCCCCUGCUCCAACGCAGCAACCUGGUUAUGGCUACGUGCAACCUGGAGCAUACUCUGGUCCAUCACCCCAGUAUAACAUGCCUCAGCAACCAUAUGCAGGCUAUCCUCCCCAGCAACCUGAUGGAUAUUCCACCAAUUGGGAUCAGUCUACUGCACCACCUCACCAACAGUCUACUCAUGGUGGUGGUUAUUAUUACUAUAGUCAACAGCCACAGCAACCACAAAAUCCUGGGGGUCCUGCCCCUCCAGCUGAUGGCUCUGCAUACAAUUACAGUCAGCCACCUUCCUCUGGUUAUAACCAAUCAGCACAGCAGGGUUAUGCACAGGACAGCUAUAAUGCAUAUAAUGCGCAAUCACAAUCAGGGUAUGGGCAGCCACCUACAUAUGAUCAGCAGCAAGGCUAUGGUAGUGAAAGCAACCCGGCACAAGAGGGCCACACUGCAAACUAUGCAGUACAGGGAGAUUCAGCCCAAGCUCCUUCUGCCCAACCAAUUACCGUAGCGCAGCAAGGUUAUCCUACCAACCAACUGCCCAGUUCAAACACUGCCAACUACCCACCUCAAGGAACUCCUCAGCCAGGUUAUGGGGUUCCCCCUACAUCCCAAGCAGCUUAUGGCAAUCAAUCACAGCCUGGUUAUGGUGGUGCAGUGCAACCAGGGUACGGUCCUCAAACAUAUGGUGCUCCGCAGGGUGGCCAGCCUGGUUAUGGUCAGGCGCUGCCUUCAUACAGCAACAGUUCUUAUGGUGCUGGUUAUACACAGACUCCGGCGUAUACCGGUGAUGGUAAUGGGAAUGCUCAGGCACCCCAGAGUGCCAUUGCUAAAGCAUCCCCUUGAUAUUUUGGCCACCCUUCCCCUCCCCUUCUCAUAGACGAUUUUUAUUGUGUUUCACCGUUUAUGGUACUAGUGACACCAAUGUAGCAUUGCAUUGUUUAGAUGGAAGAAAUGGUGUAUUGUUUUUUUUUUUUUACUUUUUGAAUAUCUUGUACGGUUAAAUAGAAACUCAUUUUGGAGGCGACUGAAAAAACUAGUUGGGAAGCUUAUUUGAACUUGUGACAAUAAUUUAAAAUGUUCAUUAUCUUUAGUUUA